CGCAAAGAAGUAAUUUCUUGAAGCCGCAUCUAAUUUUUUUCAAAAUCUGGCAUAAAAAUAUUUUAUAUUGCUAGCAGUUUUCUAUUUUGCAAUUUUUUUGGUUUAAAAAGAUAUAACAUACUUUAUCUUUCAUAAUGAAACAGUAGGAGACAGGGCUUAUAAGCGUAUAUUCCAGUUAGAGUUUGUUAAAAAUAAGUUACUUGUCGGUAAUGGUGCGAGAUGAAAGACAGGGAAGGACAAACUAAAUUUAAUAUGAUAUUGAAAAACGCCUUGCUGUUAUUAUUAUGUUCUUUCAUCAAUUCUGAAAAAUUAUCUUCAAAGAAACCAAAUAUUGUUUUUAUAGUUGCUGACGAUUUGGGUUGGGAUGAUGUAAGUUUUCAUGGCUCCCCACAGAUACCAACGCCAAAUAUAGAUUCAUUAGCAAAAAGCGGAGUGAUAUUAAACAACUACUAUGUGUCACCAUCUUCUUUUGCUACAAAGACAGAGUUUAUGACAGGAAAAUACGCAACUCAUUUAGGUACGCAACAUGGUGUUUUGCAUAACAAGCAACCUUUUGGUUUACCACACACUGAAAAGAUACUUCCUCAGUAUUUAAAAGAGGCUGGAUACAACAACUAUGCUGUUGGAAAAUGGGCUCUAGGUUACUACAAAGAAGAGAUGUUACCUUGGAAACGCGGCUUUGAUUUUUUCUACGGUGGACUAACCAGCUCGGGAAAAGACUAUUACACUCAUUCUGCUUUCGACGAAAACUACGGUCUUGAUUUGAGAAGAAACAAUGAAGUUAUUCAUAAUGAGACUGGAAAUUAUAUUACAGAAGUUUAUACUAGAGAGGCUGUAAAUAUAAUUAAAAACUACAAUGACAAUAAACCGUUGUUUUUGUACGUUGCUCACCAAGCGGUUCAUACUGGCAAUGCCGAUGAUCCACUUCAAGCGCCCGAAUCCUACCUAAAGAAAUUGAAUCAUAUUAAAAAUAUAAAAAGAAAACUGUUUGCAGGAAUGGUACUUGCAUUGGAUGAGUCUGUUUUGAACAUAACUAUAGCUCUUGCUCAAAAGGGUCUGCUAGAUAAUACAGUAAUUGUAUUUACUACAGAUGCCGGUGGCGCUGUUGGAGGACAGGAACUUAGUAGCGCUUCAAAUUUUCCGCUUCGAGGAUCAAAACUUACAGUUUGGGAAGGAGGUAUUCGAGCCGUGGCUUUUGUAUAUAGUGACUUAAUAAAGAACAAAGGUAGAGUUAGUCUUGAAAUGUAUCAUUCUACAGACUGGCUGUUAACUACAUUAGGUUUGGCGGGUAUAAAUACUAAAGGAAUAAAAGUAGAUGGAUUUGAUGUUUGGAAGUCCAUAAGCGAAGGUGAAGUGUCUCCACGAUUUGAAAUCCUUCAUCAGUUUGAUCCUUUGACAAAAAAUCUUUGCAGUUUAAGAGUCGGAGAUUACAAGUUGGUUAUCAACCAAGAUAUUGGUUUUUAUGGUGAUUGGUAUCCACGUCCAGCUGAAAUCGGAGAACUUCGUUAUUUAAAAAGAAUUGAAACCCUGCCAAAUGCUAAAGUAACUUGCGAUAAAAACUAUCCACAUCCAUUUUUGGAGAUGCAUGCUCCACCUUGUGACCCUAUGAAAAAACCUUGUAUGUUUAAUAUCCAAUGGGAUCCUUGCGAAUUUCACAAUUUGGCAGAAUUUAUGCCAAAUACACUUAAAGUCCUUUUGGAUAGGUUACAAUUUUAUCGUUUAACGUUAGUUAAACCUACAUACCCAAGCGUAGAUUCUCAAGCAGAUCCUGAAAAUAGCGAUGGUGUUUGGUCUCCCUGGGUAAACAGUUCUAUUGCUUUAAUGACUUUCCACCAACAGCAACCAACAAUAAAACUUGAUACACUAAAUACAAAUAAAACUGUUUUUAACGGUAACCAAAUGGCCGCAAACAACAAAGAAUCUACUGAAGUUAAUCUAUCUGCCCAAACAAGUAACAACGUAUUAGAAAAGACAGUUCAAGUUACAGCAACAACAUCUCCACCACUCUACUCCAUCAUGGAUCAGGUAGUUACGCCUUUGAUUUUGGGACCUGGUUUGAUGGUUAACUCUGCCAACGAAUCAAUAAAAAUUGAACCAACUAUACUUUUAAGUAACAACCAGUUUAACCAGUUUGAGACAUCUCCACAAAUUGUAUUUGAUUCAGGUUUCGGGACUACUCAGCCUCCCCCAAAGCUUAUAACCUCUUAUCUAGUAAAGAAUAUUUCAGAAUAUGAAUCUCCAGCUGAGUCUAAUGUAGUAAAUUAUGUAUUAAACUCUUCGACGCCAUCAUUUGUUGACCAAAUUUACAAUAAAAAUAUUAACAAAGAUACUACAACCAUUGUAAACAAUGAAGUACCAAAUCAAAUAACGAAUUCGGUUGUUCAAAGUACCUACGUACCCACUGAAAAGUCACAUCCAAACAAUCUAGUACUUGAAAAUUUUGACGAUGUAAAUAAAGCAUCUAAAAGUAUAGAAGACAGUAGCUUCGGAAUUCAAAUUAUUAAUAGAAAUGCGUCAAAGCAACUAGAAAACUCACGUGUUCAUUUAACUGAUAACGAACUUCAAUCAAUUAAUAAAACGGGUAAAAUUGACAUGGUUGGUAAAACAACUGAGGUAUAUGUUGUACAAAAUCAAAAUAGCUUAAAUCCUUUACAAACCAACUUGGUUGAGGAUAAUUUAUCUUUAAAUAAAAAUAUUUCAAAGGUUGUUACUUCAGUUACAAACGAUGGUUUAUUUUUUAACACUAUAAAUAACGUAGCAUCUGUGAACCAAAAUAAGCUUGUAUUAGAAUCAGGAAACCAAAAUAAACUCAAAACAACGAUUCCUCCAAUCAUUGAUUACAAUGACAUCACUGGUCAAGGGAAAACUGGAAAGAAUCUGGGAUAUACUCCAUCAUCUGGGAUUACUCCAUCAGCGAUAUUGCCUUCACAAACAGUCCCAGUGGUAAAUGGAGUGACAAAUAAAAUUAUAGAACAAAGCGCAGUAUCAAUAACUCCUGAAAUGAUUCACAAUCCAAUUGAACCGUCUCAUCCUGGUAUUGUUGCUAAGUUACCUCCUGCUGAAAAAUACCUGCCGUUGUCUGCUUCUUUACGUCCUGAGAAUAAAGAAGAAAAGCUAAAAACAGGAAGUGCAUCAAAAGGUUCACUUUCAUUGGGAAGUGGAAGUGAAACAUCCACAUCAACAGAAACAGAAGUUAGUGCAAACUCAUUAACAGAAGCGAAAACAGAUUCAAAGUUACCAGCGCUUCAAAAACCUUAUAUUUUAGCUAAUUUAAAAAAUAUUGCUGAUGCAGGUUCUUCUGGUAAAACUGGUUUAUCAAGUGAAGUUGCGUUAUUAACUGGAUCUGAUCUUGGACCUGGUAAAGUUCAGCUUCCUUCAGCGCAAAAUUUUAUUAAAGAGCCAGAAUAUCAGUCAAUAACAAAACCUGACUUUGAUAAACCACAAAAUCCUUUCAAACAAGGAGGAUCUUCUUCUAGAAUGUCAGCUGGAUCAUCUGCAGGUGGAGGUUCAGAAACAGAAACGGAAACCGUUGUAGGCGCUGGGGCAAGUACUGGAUCUGGAACAAAAAUUGGAACAAAUCAAGGCAAUAAAGGACCUAGAGUUAAAUCUAAAAGUUUUUCUGCUAAAGGGUCAGCAAAGUUACUUAAACAAAAAAACACUCCCGAAAGCAAUAAACUCUCUUCCUUUAAAAAUAAAGGAUUAAAAGCAUCUCUGAAUCCUUUAGCAGGACAUGAAUUAGAUUCCAGUGACUUUAGUUUAUUAAAUUUGCAACAGAGCAAUUUUCCUAAUGCUGUUAUUGCUGGAUAUCGACCAUUUCAAUCCGUAAAUGAUGUAAUAAGCGAUUCUGCUAAUCAAAUGUGCGGUGAAAGUAGAAACUGCAUCAGCAAGAUGCCAAUCAUUAAUUAUCAAGAAGCCACUGAGCCUGAAGAAAAAGUCAAGCUAUACCAAAACAAAAGCUCUGGAAUUGAAAUUCAUGAAUCUCAAAACAUUUUCAGAUCAAUUAAAGCUGGCAUUCAGGUUACGGAAAGUGGUGAUAGGACACAAGCAACUAGCAACCAAUUGCCUGUCAAUAACAAUCAGCAAUCUGUUGCUGUUAAUAAUUCCCAUAAUAAAACAUCUAAUCGGCAACCAAAGUUAGAUGAGGCUGUAAUAAAUGGACUACCAGCCCAAGAAAAGCUACACAAAUUUUUUGGAGAAAUUAAAGUUGACAACAAGAAAAUGUUUUUUAUAUCAGGAACAGCAAGCGAAGACAAAGACCUUGUAUAUACACAAACCGAUUCAAGCGGUCUUUUGACACAAAAUGACGUGCGAAAACAUAAUAUUGGUUUUAAUGUAGUACUUCCUUCUAAUAUUGUUAAACAGCUAUCUGCUCCUGAAUCUCUCUAUGCACCAAAAUCAAAAGUUGAAAACGCUACAAAGACACAAGGCACCUUACAUAAUAUUGGUGAAAAAACAUCCAUUCAUCAAAAAAAUAAGCCUAUUACUAAAGUUUUUGAUUCGGUUGCAGACACUGCACGAAGUAGAAAAAUGAAAGUUGAAAGCCCACCUGUUGAAGAAAAUCUUCCUGGUAUACGUGGAAACAUUGAAACAAUUAAUGUUGAAGUAAUGGGAGGCAUGAAUGGAGAUAUUGGAGCAACUAAACCAUUAAAAGGUGGUCUUGGCGAAAGCCGAAAAUUGAGCGAUGACUUCGUCAAGUCUGAAAUCAUUAAUGUCACUGAUAACGUCAUAGAAGCAAAAAUUGAACCCAGUAGUAAUAUUGACGCUGGUGAUUUAGGUUCUAUUGUGACUCUUGUUGGAAAAGUUAAAGUUGAUCGGCUGAGUUCAAAGCACAUGAAAGGCAGUCACAAUAUAACAAAGGAAAACAACGCUCACAAAAAGACAGUAAAAGACCAUAUGUCUGUUAAGCAACCGAAAUUAAAUAGCAGCACCGAAAUAAACGCUGCAAACAUUAACAGCUUAAAAGGUCCAACAAACUCUUUCAUUGUGUCGUCAGUAAUAGUUGUACUGUUGGCAUCGUUCGUUGUAGUAGGAAUGGCUGUUGUUGCGGUCGUUGCGGUUGUUGCUCGGCAUUGUCGUGUAGCAAAACACUUUGAUGCAAGUUAAAUUGUUUGUGCUUUCCGAAAAAAAUGAUUAAAAUCUGUUAAAAUACGAGCCAACAUAAAAAAAAACAAUAAAAUCUGAUGUUUGUAUCCCGUGUCGGGAUUUCGUGUAAAAUGUCAUGUAUAAUAUUUGGGGUUUUGCAUUCUAUGAGUGCCAAAUAUCAAUAUAUAGCCGAAUAAUGUAUUUGAGUUAGGCUGCAUAUUGGUCUUAUGUUAUUUUUGUAUAUUUGUUACAAGUUCAAAUUCAGUUCUUUUUUUCGAUAAAAAAUUGAUAUUGAUGAUCGGGUCACGUUUCCGCACAACGGUAACAGUUUUAGAUAAUGGAACAAAAUUUUUUUUAAAUGUUCAUUAUUUUGUACAUGACUAGAAAAUAGAGUAUAUAAAAAACAAUUAGUAAAACUAAUUAUAUACUUUUUCAUUA